AUGGAGAACUGGAUUGGAGACGAAGAUACCCUGAGAAGUGGAAUGAGAAUCGACUCCAACUACUCCAACUCGGGGUUGUCCGGAACCCUUCGGCCCGUGAUAAGCGAUAAAGGUGGGGUUCUGGGUUGGGUCAUGUCAUUUAAUAUGUUCUCUGGAGUAGCAGUCAUUACCGGUGCGGGUGGAACAGGAAUCGGAGCUGCAACAGCAAAAGCCUUUGCGACAGCAGGAUGUGAGAGGAUCGCUAUCACAGAUCUUAAUAACGAGACUCUACAAUGUACAGCAGAAGCCAUUUCUUCAACACACCCCAAGACCCAACUCCUAGUGAGAGCCGGGAAUGUGGCAGACGACCACUUCGCAGACUCAUUCAUCGACGCAGUCGUACAACAAUUUGGCCGCGUUGACUAUGCAGUAAACUGUGCAGGUGUUCUUGGCAAGCCACUACGGUCGGUCGAAACACCACUUGAAGAAUUUGACCGUGUGAACAAUAUCAACUAUCGAGGCUGCUGGCUAUGUUCUCGAGCAGAGCUUAGACAGAUGGCAUCACAAAGUGAACUUCCAAGUCAUGAUCCCAGUCGUCCUGGUCAAAGGGGCUCAAUUGUGAAUGUUUCUAGUCAGUUGGGAAUUGUCAGCCGUCCAGGUGCUCCUGCAUACUGUGCAUCAAAAUCUGCUAUCAUUGGCAUGACUCGGGCAGAUGCUAUUGACUAUUCCAAGGAUGGGAUUCGAGUUAACUGCAUCUGCCCAGGUGUGAUUGAAACACCACUCGUCAUGGAGAAGCCCGAGGUUCGCGCGGCCAUCUCACCUGCAGUUGAGAUAGCCCCCAUGAAGAGAAUGGGAAAGCCAGCAGAGGUCGCCGAUGCAAUUCUUUUCUUGUGCUCAACACAGGCCUCUUUUGUGCAGGGUCAUGCUAUGGUGGUUGAUGGUGGAUAUAUUACUGUAUAG